AUGGCACCGAGCCGUGAUGCUGAGCUAGAGCUUGUCCUCAAGCCGGAGUUGCUGCAGGGCAUGAGUACUUGGACCCUACUUGAUGAUCUCCCGUCGUAUCACCAUCUAGUACUUCCUAUUAUCCAAGGCCACAAUGUCCUGGCCCAAGGUCCAUUCCAUCUCAAACGGAUGUACCUCUUGGUUUCCGCCCUUCAACGCAUCAGCACGGGUGCUAUGCCUGUCGCUCAGUCCCAAUGCCAGGCUCUAAUCGUGUGUCCUACGUUUGAGUUGGCAUGGACGGUGAAGGGUAUCGCCAAAAUGCUUGCCUCUGCAAUGCCGUCAGUGGAAAUCUAUUGCUGCCCUAGAGGGUUCCAUGACGCCCAGGAUAAAAUUGACGAGCUCCAAGGGUCUGGGACGGGGCGGGUCCCCGAUAUAGUCGUGGGCACGGCUGGUAGGAUCUGGGAGUGUAUUACUCGUGGAUGGUUGAAGACGGAUACUGUGACAAUGCUUGUCUUUGAGGGUAUGGACGAUAUCAUGAAUCUCGGAUACGAUGAGUCUGUUCUGCAAGGGAUCCUUGACACGGUCGCCCCGGGCGGCACGCAACUCGUGGUGCAGUCCGACUCCUUGCAUGUGUGGAGGAGCAUUUGGAAGCUGGUGGGCGGCUUUAUGCCUUCCCCUGUCCGGAUGUGGAAUAUCUAG